AUGCGCUCCGAUACGUCACAGCACGCCGUCUAUCUGAGCUUUAACUUCGCCGCUGCCGUAUGCAUCGUGCUGAUUAACAAGGCCGUCUUCUCGCGGAUCAACUUUGGCUUCUCCACGACGCUCACGCUGGCGCACUACGUGCUCAACAUAGCGGGCCUCGAAGCGUUGCGCCUGUGCGGUGCGUUCGAGCUGCGCCCGCUGCCGCUCAAUACAAGCACUGCGGUCCUCACCGUCGUCGUCGGCGCCGCGCCCGCCAUCAACAACCUCGCUCUGAAGCUGAACGACGUUGGCUUCUACACGACCUGCAAGCUGCUGGUGACGCCGUGCAUCGUGGUGCUCGAGCUGGCCCUCUUUAGCAAGCGCGUCUCGCUGGUGCGCGGCCUCUGCCUCGCCGGCGUCUGCGCCGGCGUCGGCGCCGCCUCAGUCUCCGACUUCAGCCUCAACCUCCCAGGGCUGCUCGCGUCUCUGGGCUGGGCGCGGCUCGCCGCGGCUUUGGCUGCCCGAGUCCCGAUCGCCGCAGCGUACAAAGUGCUCUGGUCGCGCGUGGCCAAGGGCGAGGCGGGAGGCGAGCCGUGGCACACGCUGGCGCUGAUGCGAGCGGUGCUGCCGUGGUCGACGCUCGUCAUUGGGGCGAUGGUGCCGCUCGUCGACCCUCCGGGGCUGCUGCAGUACGAGUGGACCGUCGAGCGCGCUGCGCUGCUCGGCGCCUCCUCCGCCGGCGCCUUCCUCGUCAACUGGUCGGGCUUCCUCUGCACCAACCCUGGCGCCCGCGCAGGCCAGCUCAAGUCGUCGGCCGGCAUCAUCGGCGGCUGGCUCGUCCUCGGGCAGAUCUACCCGCUCAAGUCAAUCCUCGGCGCCUCCCUCGCCGUCCUCUCCGUCGGCGCCUACACCCGCGCCAACCUGAGCGAGGCGGAUGCCGCGAGGGCCGCCAAGGCGAG